GGCUUAUUUUUUCUUAAUAACAUGAUAAAACUGUCCUGUUUGUUUGCGGUUAAACGACCAGUCGAUGUGUUUUUGUUUGUUAUUGUUUUUGGUAUCGUGUCGAUACUAAGUAACUUGGUAUCGGAUCGAUGCGAUGUACUUGGUUCGAUACCGAGUCUAUAAAGGCCCUGUGUUUAUUUGGUAUCGGAUCGAUACCACAUGUAGCGGUAUCACACACCACUACUAUAAACGCGGACCUACGGCGGCCGUCAGAGGCCAAAAGCGCGCUGUGGCUGCUGUAGUAAUGGAGGGGGUCACGGUGGGCCAGGUAUUUGAUGCGGAAUGCAUCCUCAGCAAACGGCCGCGGAAGGGGAAGUUUGAGUACCUGGUGAAGUGGAGAGGGUGGUCGUCCAAACACAACAGCUGGGAGCCGGAGGAGAACAUUCUGGACCCGCGGCUCCUGGCGGCGUUUCAUAAGAGAGAACAAGAGCGAGAGCUGCUGUUCCAGAAGAAAGGGAAGAGGCCGAGAGGACGUCCUCGGAAGAUCCUGCCUCCGGCUCCGGCGGCCGUGAAGGACGGACGCUCCUCGUCUUCAUCCUCCGACGACGACGACGACGACGACGAUGAAGACGAUGAUGAUGAUGGUCUCUCGUCGUCGGCGUCCUCGUCUUCCUCCGAGGACGAAGACCAGUCUAAGAAGUCUAAGCCGGGUCCUCGGGUCCAUCCCGUCCCCCAGAAGAGGCCCCAGAUCCUCCUGGCCAAACCCGACCCCCCGCCCCGGAAGAAGAAGCGAGGGAGGAAGCCGCUCCACCCGGACCUCAGGGCUCUGAGACAAGCCAAGGGCCGACCUUCACCUCCUCCCCCUCUCCCUCCUCCCCCACCUCCUCCUCCUCCUCCUCCGCCUCCUCCUCGCCAGCACCAGGGGCCCCGCCCCCUCAGGGAGGAGCCUCGGCUCGGGGUGAAGAAGCCGCUGCAGCCGGCCAGCUUCACCUACACCGGACUGAGCAGGACCUCCAGGGAGGAGGGAGCCUCCCAGACCUCCUCCUCCUCCUCCUCCUCCUCCUUCUCCCACUCAGCCGCCUCCAAACCCGGAUCCCUGGCCUGUAUCUGGACCAGCCGCUCCCUGUCCUCCUCCUCGUCCUCCCCCCACAGUAAAGCCAGUCCCUCCUCUCAGACCAGGACGUCUCUGUCGGAGCUCAAACGCUCCGUCUCAGAAACAGGGGACGGUUUUAAGGCGUCUCUGCUGAGACACGGAGGAGGAGGAGGAGGAGGAGGAGGAGGUCCGGGGUCUCACGGAGGCUUCGGUGGAGGCCCGGCGGCGUCGCAGCGCCCCCUGCUGGGCCAGAGGAGGCAGGACGGCGGCGCUGGUCAGUCCGGACUGGUCCAACCGGGUCUGUCCAAAGCGUCGCCAUCGCCGACGCCUCGGGACCGAGCCAGCCAGGCUCUGAGCCUCCGGGCGCUGAACCUGCAGAGCGUCGGGAGCCGGGCGCCGCCCGGGGGGGGCGGCCUUCAGGGAACCCACCCCACGGGGGCGUCAGGGGGGGCGGCGAGGUCCAGCCUACGGAGCGGAGCGUCCGGCGCCAAAGAGACGCGGGCGUCGUCGGCCUCCGGGGGGCAGCGGUCUGCCGGCGAGCAGGGGGGGGGGGGCCGGGGCGGCGCCAAGGAGAAGCUGGUGGGAGGCGGCUCGGCGAGGGGCAACGGCGGCGGACUCGGACCUCAGAACCGGAGCCUGAACGAGCUCAGCACCGGCGACUCGGACGAGACCAGCAGCAGCGAGUCGGAGCGCGACGCCGCCCUGUAUCCUAGCAACAGCCGGCCCAGCCUCGGCAACAACGCCACCGAGUCGGACACGGAGACGGACUGGAGGCCGGCGAGGAGCCUCCUGGAGCACGUCUUCGUCACCGACGUCACCGCCAACUUCAUCACGGUCACCGUGAAGGAGUCGCCGACCAGCGUGGGAUUCUUCAACGCCAGGAACCACUGAAGCUCCUCCUCCUCCUGCUCCUCCUCCUGGAGGUGGAGGUGGAGGUGGAGGUGGAGGUGGAGGAGGUGGAGGUGGAGCUCCAGCUCCUCCGGUUGAGUAUUUAUUGGAACAAUGACGGAGGAACCCUGAUGGUUUGACCCUGUUCACACCGAGACUCUAGACCCCGGUCAGUUCUGGACAGAUUUAAAGAUUUAGAGUUUAGAUGCGUCUGAACCUCCAGGUUUCAGUGGACGAGUCAACACUAACACAUCAUAAACAUUAGAUCCGUAUAUUUACAUCUGAAACUAAUCCUGAGUCCUGGAGGUUCACAUCUGAUCAUCAACAACAGAUUCAAAUCUGACAGAAAAACCUCGAGAUUUAACUUUAAUUAUCUUGUGUCGACUGGUUUGUUUUGAAAAGUCGCAACAAAACCAUCAAACUGAACUUCAGUUUUACAGGAAUCAGGUUUUAAAUUGAAGCUUUUUUGAAUGGAGUUUGGUUCGAUUUUAAUAUCGUGGAAGUUUUGUUUUCAGAUACAUAGACUGUAUAUAAAUAUGCACCACAUCUCCACUUCCUCCCAGUCUGAUCAGCACAGUCUGAGGGCGGAGCCAUGAUAUUGAUGCUCCGCCCUCACAUCAUCCAGACUCACUAGUGCUUUGGUUUAAUGAAUCCUACGCUCUGCUCUUCCUCCACCAGCUACAGGGAAAUGUUGGAUUAUACACUGAACUUAUACGUAAAAAUAUCUUUUCCAACUCUUUUGUGUUGGAUGUUUUACAUCACAUCCUGUUUUUACCGCGUAAAAUAACAAACUAAAAUGAAACUUAUCCACAAAAUUGAGACUUGAACAUUCAUCAUCAUGACUGGAAUUUUGGGCCCAAGCCCCGCCUACUUACAAGGAGGGGGUGGGGCUUAUGACCUGUACUGCAGCCUCCAGCCACCGGGGGGCGCUCUACUCGCUUUGGUUUCACUUUAGCGGAGAUGUUCUAUAUUUAUUUACAGUCUAUGAUUCACAGACUCACGUGACUCCCACAUGUUUGGUUUCCGUCAAUAAAACUAAUUAUGUUAGAAGGUGAAUGAACGGGGUCUCCUCCUCCUCCUCCUCCUCCUGCUCCUCCUCCUCCUCCUCCUCCUCCUGCUCCUGCUCCUGCUCCUCCUGCUCCUCCUCCUCCU